UCCUGACUUGACGCUCCGGGAAGGCUCCUAAUGCGGGGUUUCUUGGGAAUUUCUGUACCUCGGAGCCACUUGGGGUGUGUCUUUCUUAUUAUGUAAAGACAUCCUACUGGUGUUCAUGUCCAGAAGCCCCAGUGCAGGUAUGGAGCCUCCGCCGUGCGUCCGGUCCUCACCGAGAACCGCGCGUAAAAGCGAGUGGCUCCGGAGCGCGCUGGCCCACCACCACUGCCCCGACCCCGGCGUGGAGAACGAAAUCGUGGUUCUGGCCACUGGAAUAGACCAGUACCUGCAGGAGGUCUUCCACCACCUGGCCUACCCAAACCGGGACGACACGGUGUCUGCGGCGGACUUCACCGCCCUGUGCGCCGUGCUGGGUCUGACCGGAGACAGGAGGAACAAAGAGCGAGAAAAACUGGAGGAAGAUGAGGAGUUUGAGGACGUGUGUUCGGGGCUGCCCUCUCAGCUGGGCUUUAAAGACUUCCACUCCAGGCUCUGUGGGUACUUCCGUGUGCGCACUGCGCGUAAAGGCACCGGACAGUGCGCCUGGCGUCUGCCCCUGACUGAAGACACCGAGCUGGUGGAGAGGCGCAUCCGGCUCCGGUGGCCGCGCGUCAGGAGGAGAAAGUGCGUGAGCUUUGAUCUGAACAGGGAUCAGAAUGGACCUGGAACCAGAGCAGAGAAAGGUCCGACUGCAGAGGAGCGAGAGACAGAGGCUCUCAGGGAGCUGGUGGAGGACCUCCGCUCUGCUCUUCAGGGCAGUGACGCCCGUUGUUUGGCCCUGGAGGUGGCUCUGCGAAGGGAAAGAGCUCGUAGCCUCCAUCCUCCUUCCAGUCUGAGCUCCAAAGCUUCGUCUCCUGCUACAUCCAUCACCUUCAUCCAGGGGAAACUGGUCCCCACUCACAGGAUUAAAGGAGCUGCUGGAGAGGCGGCCAGGAGGGCGGCCAGGAGGCGGGACAUCAGGGACCCCCUCCUCCGGGAGCUGAAGCUGAUCCGCUCCUCCCGUGACGGUCAGCUGGAGGAGGCCAUGAAGUUCAAUGAACGUCUGGAGGAGGAGCUUCGCUGGGCGUACCGUGAAGUCCGCAAACUGCAAGGCAUCGAGUCUGCGCUGAGGAAGGAGAACGCACAGAUCAGGAGGCGGGCGGAGGAGGCCAGGGAGGCUCUGAGUUUGGGGCUCCAGAGGGUCCGGAUGAUCCAGGAACAGGCCCAGGCGGUACCCCAGCUCCAGUCCAGGAUCAACCAGCUGGAGUCAGAGCUGCUCCAGUACAGAUCCUGCUGCAGCUGCAUCCCUGACCCCACUCAUGAACCUUCUUACCCGGUGGAAGCAGAAGACGCCGGCAGCAAGACAGAUGCAGAGUGUCUGCAGAGGGCGGUGGAGGGCCGAGCUGCCUCCGACGAAGAGGAGGAGGAGCGGGGGCUGAGGGAGGAAGGAGGGGGGGGUCUGCUGGAGGUGAAGAAGCUCAGUCACCCAGUGCACAGCUGUGGUAAAGGAUGUCAGAGCCACGGGGUCAAACACCUUCCAUCUGAGAAGCAACCACAUGAGAAAGAGCUCCUGAGCACCUCCAAGGACAGCAGGGGGCGCUGGAAGGGUCCGAAAGCAGAGCAGGAGGCCAACAGGGGCGCAGGAAAAGACAAGAGGCCUGAGGAGGAGGAGGCUGACAGGAGGACGCAGGAGAAGGAGAGGAUGCGUUUGUCUUUACUCGAGGAGAAACUCACCGAUGCGCUGACACUCCUGCUGCAGCUACGCAACAACAACGUCUCCAGACGAGCUUUGGGGAAGAUUGUGAUGGACACUCUGGACGUCUGCAGCCGCAGCGGAGACAGUCCGUCCCAGGUCCUGCAGGUGGCCGACGCUCUGUGUGUUCGUCUGUCGUCCGCUGAUCUCCUGUCAGAUCGAGGAGACGAUGGAGGAGGAGAGAGGAGGGAAACGCUGCCGCCUGCAGGGCGUCAAACCGGCAACUCCAACCCUCUGCUCAUCUCAUAUUAACAAACACAACACGUCCCACUUCUCCUUCAGUCUCAGUCUGUCGCUUUUUUUUGCACCAUUUGUAAUUUCCCUCGCUGCGUCACCAAAAAUUAACAUAUAAUUUUUAUGGAUUAAUUUUAUUUGCUUCUAUAAUGUAU